GCUUGGGAGAUCUGCAGGGCACACUCAGAAGGCAUCGGUCAUACUACAGAUAUAGAAAAUGAUGCGUGUAUCUAUUGAUCAGAAUCAGAGUCAUUGAUCCCAGUGUGUGAUCAGCCAUCACCGGUCAGCGCUUCACUGUAUGGUGGAGUCUCCAUCGACCCCCAGUGCACAGCGGCAUCCUCUCUCCCUUCCCUACUUUCCCGUAAAGGUGACGGCUCUGUAAUAACACAGUCGGCCAGUAUGAAGAGAAUAACGGGAAAGACGAGGGAUGAAACUUUGAUCGAGCUCAAGAGCGCGACGGAUUCCCAGACUGGAGAUGAAAACAACGGUCAUAGUCUCAAUUCUUCUGACAGAGGGACCUCGCUGCCCGGGCAUACAGAGACAGAUCAUCUACAGCCAAAUAAGGACACAGUGUUUUUUCGGGACGGGGUGCGUAGGAUCGAUUUUGUGUUAUCAUACGUAGAUGACAAAGAUGGAGAAAAGAAGCAGGAAAGGAGGAGGGAAUUUGAGGCCAAUCUUGAGAAAGCAGGACUGGAGCUUGAGACAGAGGACAAAUCAGAAUCGGAUGAUGGUAAGACAUACUUCUUGAAGAUCCACGCUCCAUGGGAGGUGCUAGCCACAUACGCCGAUGUUUUGAAGAUAAAGGUUCCUUUCAAGGCCAGUGACAUCCCCCAUAGUCAAGAUGUCCCUCUGGAGUGGAUUUCAAAACCUUUCCGCCUGCCGGAGCACAUCAUGCACCCAGAACCUGACUAUUUCACCUCCCCCUUUGACAAGGGCAAGAUUGACUUCUUCCUCAUCAACGACAAGGAUACCUUCUUCCCACCCUCUACAAGAAACAGAAUUGUGUACUACAUCCUGGCUCGUUGUCCUUACUUCAAAGAGGACCGGAAGGAUAAAGACAAGAAAGGAAUUAAACGAUUACUCAGCAAUGGGACCUACACAGCAGCCUUCCCACUUCAUGAUUGUCGAUACUGGAAAAGGGCAAGAAAUGCUGAAUGUGAGAGUGAGCGCUACAACCUUUACAAGCACUGGGCCAGGUUUCUCUGUUUCUACAAAGAGCAGCCUCUUAACCUCAUUAGGAAGUAUUAUGGAGAAAAGAUUGGGAUUUACUUUGCCUGGCUGGGUUUCUACACAGAGAUGUUGUUCUUUGCAGCAGUCAUGGGCCUGAUAUGUUUCGCCUAUGGAGCGCUCAGUUACGAUGACAAUGUCACAAGUAGAGAGAUAUGUGAUCCUAACAUUGGAGGCAGUAUCGUCAUGUGUCCACUUUGUGAUAAAAAGUGCAGCUUUUGGAAGCUCAGCUCUACAUGUCUCUCCUCCUGGCAAUCCCAUCUGUUUGAUAAUGAGGGGACAGUAUUCUUUGCCAUAUUUAUGGGGAUCUGGGUGACUCUGUUCCUGGAGUUCUGGAAGCGGCGCCAGGCCCGGCUGGCGUACGAGUGGGACUUAGUGGACUUUGAAGAGGAACAGCAGCAGCUCCAGAUCCGACCCGAGUUUGAAGCCAAAUGCACUGACAAGAGACUCAACAGGAUCACACAGGAAAUGGAGCCGUACCUUCCCCUCACCAGCAAAUGUGUUCGCUUCUGCGUCUCUGGAGCCACUGUUAUUUUCUGGCUGUCUCUGAUAGUGGCCUGCAUUAUUGGAGUAAUAGCCUACAGGCUGGCCGUGUUCGCUGCUUUUGCAAGUAUCAUGAAAGACAGUCCGACUACAAAGAUCCAGCUGGUCGGCAGCCUCAUCACUCCGCAGUUAGCAACCUCGGUCACGGCCUCCUGCAUCAACUUUGUCAUCAUCAUGAUCCUCAACUUCUUCUAUGAGAGGGUAGCCAUCUGGAUCACCGAUUUGGAAAUCCCCAAGACGCACCUGGAGUAUGAGAACAAGCUGACCACGAAGAUGUUCAUGUUUCAGUUUGUCAACUACUAUUCCUCUUGCUUUUAUGUGGCCUUCUUCAAGGGAAAAUUUGUGGGUUACCCUGGAAACUACUCAUACAUGUUUGGCAACGAGAGAAGACUGAGGAAUGAGGAGUGUGACCCUGGAGGCUGUCUGAUUGAGCUUACCACCCAGUUGGUGAUUGUCAUGGCAGGGAAGCAAGUGUGGGGGAACAUCCAGGAGGCCUUGCGACCUCUGAUGUGUAACUGGUGGGUCAGCAGAAAGGGACGGCAACAACCUGAGAACCAGUACAGUCGCUGGGAGCAGGACCAUGACCUGCAGAACUUCAGCCAGCUUGGCUUGUUCUAUGAAUACCUGGAGAUGGUGAUCCAGUUUGGCUUCAUAACUCUGUUUGUGGCCUCUUUCCCCUUGGCCCCUCUGCUUGCCCUGUGUAACAACAUCCUGGAGAUCAGGGUGGAUGCCUGGAAGUUCACCACCCAGUUCAGACGCCCUGUGGCAUCUAAGGCCCGCAACAUUGGAGCCUGGCAAGAGAUCCUUAAUGUGGUGGCCAUUUUGUCUGUUGUCACCAAUGCUUUCAUCAUGGCGUUCACCUCAGACAUGAUCCCCCGUCUGGUCUACUUAUAUACCAGCGGCCAGGGUAGCAGCAUGACAGGCUACAUCAACAAUAGCCUGUCAAUAUACAGCAUUUCAAAGAUCCCUUCCGAUAGCAUGCCAGAUGAAGGAGUGAGCCCUGCCUGGUUUAAUAACUCUGUCAUCACCACCUGCAGAUACCGUGAUUACCGUUAUCCUCCGGGCCACGAGAAGGAGUAUAGCCACACUAUGCAGUUUUGGCACAUCUUGGCAGCUAAAAUGGCCUUCAUCAUCGUCAUGGAACAUGUGGUAUUUGUGGUGAAGUUCUUCGUGGCUUGGAUAAUCCCCGAUGUGCCCUCAGAGGUGAAGGCUCGGAUAAAACGGGAGCGCUACCUGAUCCAGGAGUACCUGCAUAACUACGAGGUGGAGAAGCUCAAACUUCAGCUGAGCACCAGUUUCAUUGUAGAACCAAACACGGAGAACUGCACCGAGUUAUGCACUUCCACAGACAAGCAUGAAGUGUUGUCAGAGUGCCUGUAGCGUCUACUUCCCGCCUCCAACUAACCAAGCCGUGUCUGGACAUUUCUGUGAACUUAAUAUCCACUGGGAACAUCAUAAGUAUCCAAGGGCUUCUAUCAUUAGGAUAAUAACGCCAUUAUCUGUUCUUCUUGUUGUUAGACUUGGUUAUUUUAUGAGUAAAACUGUCAAAUUGUACUCCUAUAUUAGGAACAGUGUAGAGGCACGAGGAAACAUUUCCAGUGGUGGUAUAACAAAAUCAGCAUAUUGGAGAGGUUUUUUUUUUUCCUCUGUUCCUAAGUGGAUGUAAUUAUCAUGUGCCAUAGCAAAUUGCUGGAAGGUGUUGGGAUGGAGGACAACAGCAGGAUGAUUGUCACCACAGCUUGUAGCACUAUUCCAUGCUCUCUAGCCCGCACGCCAUGACGGAAACAACUGCUCUUCAUGUCCUGGAACAGUGAGAUGUUGUGGUUUUGCACAUGUUGGGAUGUUAGCAACCCCUGCCCCUUUCUGAUAUGUGAUGUUAUGGCUCAUAAUUUACCUGGCAUCAAAAACUAACUGCAUGUGGUGCCUCUAAUUAGACUAUUAGAUAAAAAAGCGAACCCCUCAGACAAAGAGCUAUGUCAAUGUUGAUUUCUAUUUGCAGUUCUCAAUUCAUAUCAUAUUAUAGAGCUACAUGUUACAUAUCACCCUUCCUGCUCUGUCUGUUAAUAAUGAAUGUACACAACAUUCAAAGUUACAUUCUCUAAAUAACGAUGUCUAAUAUAUAAUCUAAAACGUGUAAAUGGGAUGUGCUUAAGCUCUGACAGCUUUACAAUGUGUUUUCCUUUGAGAGAUUGGUAGCUAACAUUUUCACUUUCCAUUGAUCUGUAGCUGGACUAUAAGAUAAUGAAAUUUUUGUUAUAUAAAUGUGAUAUGUGUUGGGAAAGUAGUCAGUUUCAAACUGUGUUAAAACCAAGUACCUCUUAUAUAAUGAUACUGUAACAAUCAAAAAUGUUAUUUCCAACCUCUCUGCCAAGUUUUAGGGAUCAUAGGCGUGUAGGCUUUUGCCCAAUCCUCCUCGUGUAGAUGGGAUGCCCAACCUGUCAUGGGACCAAUUAGAAUAUUUCACAUGUGUACUUAAGAAGAAAAUUAUGAAGAAACUUAUGAAGAAGAAAAGUUAGUGGGAGAUUUCCGGACUGAUCUUUGCUACUAGAAUCAGUUUAUGUCUGGUUUUAGGUUGAUCAUUCUCAUCAGCCUAGAUUUUUUUUUUUUUUACACAGAGAUCAUGAAUGCCUGUGUUUAGUGUUUUCUGUUUGCUUUGUAUGUACUGCAGGCAUAUAGGUUAUUUGUGUAUAUGUGGAAGAUAAAUGCAGUGAAGGCGAAUGAAUUGAAUUUGCCCCUCGCUUUGGUUGAUACACAUGUGAGCAAGAAUUUAAGUGAAGACAUGAACUAGUAUAUUUACUAGCUGGUUGAUAGCUAUGAUGUAGACAUUGUAUUAUCUAUUUAAGAUGCAUUGGGGUACAAUUAAUUUAUUGAUCAGUGGCUGAUAUGCAGCCUGAAGUAUUUGUGGCUUAAGUUUGUUCUUUACCCUCUUUUUCUUAACAAAUAACUGUUCUUACCAAUUCAGCAGGAGUAUAAAACCUGUCAUUUUACACAUUUCAGUAAAAUAAAUGACCAUCACAACUUGUUAGGAUAUUUCAUAGAUUACAAACUGUGCUAUAUUUUUUCUCAAGACACCAGUUGAAUAAAGAACAACUUCUACUGCAGAUACUAUGGGAACCCAGUCCUGAUUUUAUUUCCUUACAGCAGCUUAUUUUACAUAUACUGUGCAUGUCUUAAUAACCUGUUAUGCCUAAUAGCCACUCUAAUGUCUUUUUUCAAUAUUUGUAUUCAAAUCUUCUAAGUGCUUAUGUUACGCUGUGAUUUAUGCAAUUAUGAUUCCAAAUAUCAGCAAUUCAAAUUUGAUAGUCAAAAAAGUAAGUCCGACUUGCUUCUGUCUCAGGAUUUAAAAUCAUCCAGUGUUUGUUGGCCUUCACUCAGACAGACCAAAUAUUCCAUGGAAAAGCAGCGGCUUUAGCGCAUGAUCUUGUCAGCCUUAAAUGUUACUGUUUACUCAUUUUUGUAUCAUUUUGUAAUGACAAUACUGCCAAUCUCUAUUCCAAGUAUUAUGUUUCACAUCCUCAGUUGUUUGUGCUGCUGUAGUCAUUGCAAAGUCACCCGUUGUGUCGGAUUUAAGGUGCAUGACUUACUUUGUGCAUGUUUUUGUCAGUUGCAUUUUUACUUUGCACUAGGCCUGCUAAUAUUGACAAUAAAUGAAGGAAUAAUUGUGUAUUAAAGACUUAUGUUUCCAUUUUUAACAUUCAUGCGAUUCU